AUGGCCGAAGAAGACGUAAUUUUCAUUGAUGAUGAAGACGAAGAUGUAAUCAUCAUCAACAUUGAAGACGAAGAUGUUAUUAUCGUUGAUGAGGACAUUGAAGAGGCUGUUAUAGUCGAAGAUGGAAAUCAAAUGGAUGUCGAUGGCUCUGAGGAAGAAUCCGAAGAGGAGGAAAUACCAUCCUUAGUGGAUUCAGAUUAUGCCAGUGAUAAUGAUGAAGAAUUAAGACUGAAAAAAUUUAAACAUUUAAACGUGUUUCGAGGAAUGGUGAAGAACUUAGAAAGAUCGGGCACAGAGAUAUCCGUUGCAAUAAAAACGCUUCAAAAAGAUGCUUUUUCCCAUGAGAAGAAGAAAUUGAUAGAGGAAGCCAAGCUUAUGAAUCAUUUUCGACACAAACGUAUAUUAAGAUUGUUGGCCAUUUGUUUAGAUGGAGAUUCUCCGUUACUGUUCGUGUUGGAAUUGAUGGAAGCUGGUGAUCUGUUAAAAUAUUUGAGAGAUUGUCGUUUGCAAGAAUCGGAUUCGCCUGCUGUGCGUUUGCAGGAUUUGCUCGCCAUAUGCGAAGAUAUUGUGCGAAGUUAUUGUUACUUGGAAGAGUUGCGUUUCGUACAUAGAGAUCUAGCGUGUCGUAAUUGUAUAGUAGUCUUCGAGAAAUCAUGA